GAGUUUAGUCCGCUAGUAAUGAAUACGCCCCUGGUAUUUUGAGAUUUUUAAUGAUAGCUGUGAUAGCGCAAGAUGAAAAUCCCCAUGCAUAAUUGGUAGAGUAAAACUGCAAAACACACUUGGAAUAAGGUAGCUAAAUCAGCAUCCCUGCUAGUAACAGUGUCGGACAAUGUUGGCUACAAACUAACAACAACCUUUUUCAUUGCACACACAUUCAGCAAGGUGUACUACUGUGUAGUUGGCAGGCUAGCUAGCUAAGCUGUCCGUGUUGUCAGAAGCCAAGCAGGACUAACUUACUUUGAAGGCAUACAGACUCGACUAAGGGCGUUUCAUAUUAGAUAAGGCAAGAUAGUUAGAGGACAAAAACGACAUGCUGGGCUGUAAGGAACAGGACGGAGGGAGCGUAGCACCAGCUCACUGGCUGUGACCCUCUAACGGAGUACGGUAACCCAGCACGCGGAUAGUGCAAGUAGACAUGCACCAGGGAUAAACCCAUUUCCUUCCCCAUCAAGUUCUUUAAACUACCCCCACCUCUUUCUCAGGGGGUCUAGUGGACCAGUUUGGGUCCCAGACAGGCAGGCUCUGGCGUAUGGAAGAGAGGGUGAGGGAUAAAGCCUAGUUCUUUGGGGGCUGGGAGGUGAGUAAGAGGUGUGGCAUUUGGAGGAGGGAGUGCAGCAGGAGGCACAGGGCCAGCCACAGACAGGUCUGUGGUAGAGAGGGACAGGCUUCAGUCCCAGGGUCCCCAGCCACAAGACGGGCCAGCCAUGUCUAAAGGAGGUGAGGCUCCAGACGGCGGGGAACACCCUCGCUUCUUCGUAGGCUGCGACGACAACGAGGGCGAGGAAUUGCUGGACCCCGGGCGGGUCAUGGGCUACGACUGCCUCUACGAAAAUGUGGAAGAAGAGGAGGACGAGGAUGACGAGAUGUAUGAUUCGCCUCCUGAGAGGCAGAUCGUUGUGGGCAUCUGUGCCAUGUCCAAGAAGUCCAAGUCCAAGCCCAUGAAGGAGAUCCUGGAGCGCCUCUGUCUGUUCAAGUACAUCACGGUGGUGACCAUCGAGGAGGAGGUCAUCCUCAACGAGCCUGUGGACAACUGGCCACUCUGUGACUGCCUCAUCUCAUUUCACUCCAAAGGUUUUCCAUUGGACAAAGCAGUAGCCUAUGAGAAACUCAGAAACCCGUUUGUCAUCAAUGAUCUGGAUCUCCAGUACUACAUCCAAGACAGGAGGGAGGUGUACCGGAUCCUGAAGAACCAGGGCAUCCUGCUCCCACGUUACGCCGUUCUCAACAGAGACCCUGCGAGACCAGAGGAGUGUAACCUGGUGGAGGGGGAGGACCACGUGGAGGUGAACGGUGAAGUGUUCCAGAAGCCCUUUGUGGAGAAGCCUGUGAGCGCCGAGGACCACAAUGUCUACAUCUAUUACCCCACGUCGGCCGGAGGGGGCAGCCAGAGGCUCUUCCGCAAGAUUGGAAGCAGAAGUAGUGUUUAUUCGCCCGAGAGCAAUGUGCGAAAAACUGGAUCCUACAUUUAUGAAGAGUUCAUGCCAACGGAUGGAACUGAUGUGAAGGUGUACACAGUGGGGCCGGACUAUGCCCACGCGGAGGCCAGGAAGUCCCCGGCCCUGGACGGCAAGGUGGAGCGGGACAGUGAAGGCAAGGAGGUGCGCUACCCUGUCAUCCUAAACGCCCGCGAGAAGCUCAUCGCCUGGAAGGUCUGUCUGGCCUUCAAGCAAACUGUCUGUGGUUUCGACUUGCUACGUGCCAACGGCCAGUCGUACGUGUGCGACGUCAACGGCUUCAGCUUCGUGAAGAACUCCAUGAAGUAUUAUGACGACUGUGCAAAAAUACUGGGAAAUAUCAUCAUGAGAGAGCUGGCUCCCCAGUUUUCUAUCCCGUGGUCCAUUCCUCUGGAAGCUGAAGAUAUCCCCAUUGUCCCCACCACCUCUGGAACCAUGAUGGAGCUACGGUGUGUUAUCGCUGUGAUUCGUCAUGGCGACAGAACUCCCAAACAGAAAAUGAAAAUGGAGGUUCGGCACCAGAGGUUUUUUGAUCUAUUUGAAAAAUGUGGCGGGUAUAAAAACAAAAAACUAAAGUUGAAAAAGCCAAAGCAAUUACAGGAAGUGCUAGAUAUCGCAAGACAACUCCUAGUCGAAAUCGGACAGAACAACGAUUCCGAAAUCGAAGAAUCCAAAGCAAAACUUGAACAACUGAAAACAGUCCUUGAAAUGUAUGGCCAUUUUUCUGGCAUCAAUCGCAAGGUUCAGAUGACGUACCUUCCGCAUGGGUGCCCCAAAACAUCCAGUGAGGAGGAAGAUGUGCGUAGGGAUGACCCCUCUCUGCUGCUGGUGUUGAAGUGGGGCGGGGAGCUGACCCCGGCAGGCAGGGUACAGGCUGAGGAGCUGGGGAGGGCCUUCCGCUGCAUGUACCCUGGAGGACAAGGCGACUACGCAGGGUUCCCAGGGUGUGGCCUGCUGCGCCUCCACAGCACCUACAGACACGACCUGAAGAUCUACGCCUCCGACGAGGGACGCGUUCAGAUGACCGCCGCUGCCUUCGCUAAGGGACUGCUGGCGCUGGAGGGCGAGCUGACGCCAAUCCUGGUGCAGAUGGUGAAGAGUGCCAACAUGAACGGGCUGCUGGACAGCGACAGCGACUCUCUCAGCAGCUGCCAGCAGCGCGUCAAGGCCCGUCUCCACGAGAUCCUGCAGAGAGAUAGGGACUUCACUGCCGAAGAUUACGAGAAGCUGGCACCCACCACCAGCUCCUCCUUGAUCAAGUCCAUGCAGAUGAUCAAGAACCCGGUGAAGACGUGUGACAAGGUGUACGCUCUCAUUCAGAGCCUCACUCUGCAGAUCAGACAGAGGAUGGAGGACCCCAAGUCAGCUGACAUCCAAUUGUACCAUAGCGAGACUCUGGAUCUGAUGCUGCGGCGCUGGGCCAAGCUGGAGAAGGACUUCCGGAUGAAGAACGGCCGCUACAACAUCAGCAAGAUCCCCGACAUCUACGACUGCAUCAAGUACGACGUGCAGCACAACAGCUCCCUCAACCUGUCCAACACGAUGGAGAUCUACCGCCUGUCCAAGGCUCUGGCCGACAUCGUCAUUCCACAGGAGUAUGGUAUCUCUCAGCCUGAGAAGCUGGACAUAGCCAAGGGCUACUGCACCCCCCUCAUUCGCAAGAUCCGCUCCGACCUGCAGAGGACACAGGACGACGACACCGUCAACAAACUGCACCCUGUGUAUUCCCGUGGAGUCAUGUCCCCGGAGCGUCAUGUCAGGACCAGGCUGUACUUCACCAGUGAGAGCCACGUGCACUCCCUGCUCUCCAUCCUCCGCUACGGAGCCUUCUGUGACGAGACCAAAGAUGACCAAUGGAAGAGGGCCAUGGAGUACCUCAAGGUGGUCAGCGAGCUGAACUACAUGACACAGAUUGUAAUCAUGCUUUACGAGGACCCUAACAAGGACCCUUCAUCUGAGGAGCGCUUCCACGUGGAGCUGCAUUUCAGCCCGGGAGCCAAGGGCUGUGAGGACGACAAAAACCUGCCCUCAGGGUUUGGCUACAGACCAGCUUCUCGAGAGAACGAGGGAUCAAAGAAGACGUCUAAGGAAGACAACGACGAGGAGUCGGCCGCCGCCAACGCCAAGCGGGACGAGCCGGACCGAGCAGCCCUAAUGAUGUUCAGGCCCCUGGUGUCUGACCCCAUCUACAUCAACAGGAAGUGCCCACUGCCCCGCUCCAAAAAGAUUGGCUCUGUGGAAGAAGAGAGCCCCCUGAGUGUGUCUAGCCCUGACUCUAUUGGUACCUGGCUUCAUUACACCUGUGGUGUUGGUACUGGGCGUCGAAGACGCAGAUCAGGGGACCAAAUCACUUCCUCCCCUGUCUCCCCCAAAUCACUGGCUUUCACAUCCAGUAUUUUUGGCUCAUGGCAACAGGUUCUGUCAGAGAACAAUGCCCAUGCACAGCGACCUGGUAGACUAUACUCUGAACACAAACUCACCCCAGGAGUAGGUUUUGAGCUGUACUCCAUGGUUCCGUCCAUAUGCCCCCUGGAGACCCUGCACAACUCGCUCUCGCUGAAACAGAUAGACGACUUCCUGGCUUCCAUCGCUGCAUCCCAUGAGUCACUUCUGGACAUGUCUGCCUCCUCCCCAGCUGCGAAGAAAACUCCUUUGAACACUUACACUCCUGCAAAGAUAUUGCCCUGCCCUUUCACGCAAGGCAAGAAGAAUGUGGACAAGGCUGUAACUGGGAUCAGCUCAUCGCCCACCAAAGAUCCCCGGUCUGGCCCUGCCGACCCUUCCCCAAACGCUGCAGCCGGGGAUAAAGCAUCCCAGCCGUCCCCUUCUCAGCCCACCACAGAAAGCAAAGCAGCCCUGAAAUCCUCCUCUGAGGACCUGGAACCUCCUGCUGGACUCUCAGCCACCCAGAACCCAGCAACUCAACACGCCUACAAAGACAAACUGGAAGCCUCAACCCCUGACAAAUGGGUCAAGCAGACUCUGCAACAUGAUGCCCAAAGUUGCAAAGUGCCACCACAAACCCAGAGUGGUGACGUGUCACCACAAUCCCCUGCCCAAGGUGCACCAAGUGGCAAAGUCCCUUCAAAGAACCCUACCCAAGAUAACCUGACUUGUAAAAUGUCCCCACACUCACCUUCCAAAGAAAUCCAGAGUGGUAAAGUGUUAACACAAACGUUAACCCAGGAUGCACCAAGUGGUAAAGUAACACCACAAGCCCCUUCCCUAGACCCCACAGAAAAGGGGUCCAAGACUUCACCCCAUGACAAAGUUCACCAGGGACUGAAUUCUAAAGAUACUUUUGGAGAAGGUGCCAUGUCUUUGACCACCAGCAAGGAAAGGGAGGCAAAGCUGGACUCCAAAUAAACAAAUGUUCUGUUCAAGGUCAAAACAGUGUUGCAAUUGUUACAUAAUUAGAAUUAGAUUAACCAGAAAUCACAAUCUCGUCUAGACUAGGGUUAUUUGUUACAAAAUGUUACUCUUUUAGCUGAGUUUACAACAUGGUAUUUUCAUGAAGUUUCAAUGUUUCUGGGGAGGGUGUCACUGUUGCACAGUGUGUGUAAAAGGCACACUUACCUAAGACAUGCAAUGUGUUUGCGAUUGUCUCUGCUACUGUAUGACUGCUUCCUAUUUGAUUCACCUGUUGCUAGCGUCUUGUAUAUUUUAAUGUAAUGCCGAUGUAUAGAAUUUAAAUGUUGAAUAUUCUGCUGCCUACAUCUCGCUGGAUUCCAGAACUGAGACUAAUGGAAUGGAUGUUCUGGCUCAUCUUGAGCCUGCAAGGUCCAAGCUAUGUUUUUAAAGGGUCAGAUAAAAUAUACCUGUUUCCUGUACAGGGUACAUAUGUUUUUCACCUAUAUUUUCAGACCUACUCUGAGCUUGCACUUCAUUUGCCAUUCAUGAAACUGGAAUCGUAAGUGUCUGCCUUGUGCACACUAUAAUGACCAUCGUGUUCACUCUUUAUUACAUUGUAAUCAAACAUAAUUGUUGUGUGUAUAUAUAUAUAUUCAGAAUAAAAAUUCAGGGAAAAUCCUA